CUUGACGCUGUUGCGGUGACGAGGUGCAGCUGCGGCAGUCGAGCGGCAGUUGACGCUUCCGCGCGCACAGGGGCGGACACCGGCGGACACCGGCCAGGACACCGGGCAGGACACGGGGAUCCCGGGGGGGCGAGCAUCCAAUGGCCCCGGGGCUGGCGGACUGAAGAAUGGGCUCAUCAUGGCCAGAUCCAGCAGCAGCAGCAGCGCCGGCGGGGGCCCGCGGCUGACCGCGCCGACGGCGGACCGCGGCGAGGCGGCGCGCGACUUGUCGGAGCCCCGGGAACUGUCGCUGGAGGAGGUGCUGAAGUCCUACGAGCAGCCGAUCAACGAGGAGCAGGCGUGGGCCGUGUGCCACCAGUGCUGCGGCGGGCUGCGGGCGGGCGGACUCGGCCGGGUGAAGGACCCGUCGUCCAUCCUGCUGCGCCGCGACGGGACCGUGUGGCUGCGGCGGGAGCCCGCGCUCUGCGAUGACACCGACGGACGUCGUCCUCCUCCGACUGCAGAGCGACAGCUGGUGCAGUCGCUGGGCGUGGCCAUCUACCGAGCUCUGGACUGGGGGCUGGACGACAGCGAGGAGCGCGAGCUCAGUCCGCAGCUGGAGCGCCUCAUCGAACGCAUGGCCGGGGGGGCGGGCCCGGGCGGGGAGGGCGGCAGAACCGCCGCUAACGGGACGACAGACGAGGGCUACAGCGGGCAGGACGAGGAAGAGGAGGAGGAGCAGGAGGAGGAGGGAGUGAUGAUGAGGCCGGUGUGUACGUUCCGCCAGGUGAUGGCGAUGUGUGCGUCCCGCCUGGCCAACCCGGGCCUGGCUCCAGAACACUACCAGGCCGUGUGCCGGGCUCUGGUGGUGGAGACGCUGGAGCUACAGACGUUCCUCAUCAAGAUCCGAGACGCUAAAGAGAUGCUGAAGAAGAUCACGACAGAAGAAGCUCAGGAGGAUCGGUCGACAGCCGAGCUGGACGCUCUGAAGCACACGGACUGGGCCCGUCUGUGGGUGCAGCUGAUGAAGGAUCUCCGACAGGGGGUGAAGCUGAAGAAGGUGCAGGAGCAGCCGUUCAACACGCUGCCCACCGAGUUCAGCCUCACGCCCUUCGAGAUGCUGAUGCAGGACAUACGGACGAGAAAGUUCCAGCUGCGUAAAGUCAUGGUGGACGGUGACAUUCCCACCCGAGUGAAGAGAAACGCCCAUGAGAUGAUUCUGGAUUUCAUCAGGUCCAGACCUCCACUGAAACCAGUGACGGAGCGCAGCCUCCCCCCUCCCCCUCCGCAGCAGCCGUGCCUCCACGACCAGGUCCUGGCUGAGAUCAAGCAGGAGAGGAAGCUCAGGCCCGUGGACCCGUCCAGCUGCAGACCGUUCGGCUCGCUGCCCUGUCUGGCUCACAUGUGUCCCUGCAGAGUCAAAUCCACCUCGUGCAUCGACCUGUCCACGUCGGAGUCCGGGCCGCGGCCGGCGUCCCGCCCUCGCGUCCUGCUCAGGGCGCCGACGCUGGCAGAGAUGGAGGAGAUGAACAUAUCCGAGGAGGAGGAGUCCCCGGACAGCGGCGAGCUGAAGAGGACGGCGAGCUCCCCCACGCCUCUGAAGAGGGAUCGCUCCUUCUCCGAGCACGACCUGGCCCUGCUCCGCGGGGAGAUGCUGCCGUCGCUCUCCGAGUCGGCCCAUCUGGACGGGGCGGUCCGGCUGCGGGGCGAGAGGCCGCGGUCCCGGACUCUGACCGGCGGCGGGCCGCCUCCUUAUUUCAGAGUGUCGCUGCAGCAGGAGGAGGAACUGGAGUCGUCUGACACCUCCUACCCGUCCUCCGGCUGGGCGCCGUCCUCCCCGGCCCGCCUCUCUCUGAGCUCAGUGGACGAGACGACCGAGGCCUUGGAGGCGACGUCGGGCUCCAGAGCUGCGGCCGAGCACCAGUGGAUGGAGGAGUUCAGUCACCCGGUGGAGAGCCUCGCCCUCACGGUGGAUGAGGUCAUCAACGUGCGCCGGGUGCUCGUCAAAGCCGAGAUGGAAAAGUUUCUUCAGAGCAAAGAGCUUUACAACAACCUGAGGAGAGGAAAGGUGUGCUGCUGCUGCAGAGUGAAGUUCCCUCUCUUCUCGUGGCCGUCCACCUGCCUGUUGUGUAAAAGAUCCGUCUGUGCCUCCUGCAGCGCAAAGAUGAAGAUUCCCUCGAAGAAGUUGGCCCACAUCCCCGUCUACACCGUGGGCUUCCACAGCGCUCCGAAGAGCCACGGACACAAGAGCCAAGUCUACAAGUCGCUGCGCAGUUUGUCCCGCCGCUCGGUGGAGGAGGAGUUCCCUCACCUCUACGCCCACGGCUGCACGCUGCGCGACAUCUGCGCCGACUGCACCAAGUUCGUGGCCGACGUCAUCUCGUCCAGCCGCCGCAGCGUGGACAUCCUCAACAACACGCCCAAGAGGGAGGCCAAGGCCGCCGCCGCCCAGAGGCCUCAGCUGCAGCGUCAGUCCCAGCUGGGGGUCUGCCCUCAGACGGACCCUCCCCCUACCCCACCUCACCGUCGCCCCGAGCAACAGCAGCGUCUUCACGCGACAUCACCACCACCUUCGCCGCAGCUUCACACCGACACCGUGAACAACGUGAACCAAUGAGACGAUGACACUGUUCUGCCUUCGCGCACACAGAAAGAUUCAGGCUCUUUUAUGUUUCCUGUAGUUAACGAACGACAUCAGAGAGACGUCUGAUUGGUUCAGAUGUCGUCCAGUGAGGAUCCGUCAGAACUCCUCAGACUUCACCGCGUCGGAGAAUCAAACAUUAUUUAACUGUCGAUGCUGUGACGAUGAUGUAGAGAACGUUUUAAUCUAGAGACUCUUAAACCAUCGCACGCACACACACACACACGCACACGCACACACAUGCACACGCACACACACACACACACACACACACACACACACACACACACGCACACACACACACACACGCACACACACACACGCACACACACACGCGUGCACGUAUGGGAGGAUGCACCGGUGCUUCCUGGUUGUCGGGUGGGUUCUGGUUCUGGUAUUUACUCCACAUGUACCCGUCACAUGUCAUCUCCUGCUGUUGCCUUGUUUUUGUCACGAAUGUAACUUUAGAGAAACACGAAGCAAGAAUUAAAUUAAUCUAUAAGCUCGCACAC